AAAGAAAAGCCAUGCUACUUGCCAACCCAGCAGCGCUGCCUUACAGGCUCUGCUUUAGACUGAUGUAUUUAGCCGGCUCUGUGAUCACCAGGUAGCGUUUACAUUAUUGAUAGGGCACGGCUGCAAGCAGGCUGCUUUCACAAGGCAGAGCUUGAAUUCACCUGUUUGCUGUUACUUGAGUUGCUUAGAGAUCACAAACACCCCGGCCCUGAGAUGUGUGGCUGCAGAGCAAGCGUUCCCAGCACGAAGCAGUACUCGGUCAAUCAGCCGGCUCCUGCUUCCACCAAAAAAAGCCCUUCGGCUCCAGCAGGCAUGCCCAAGCGCAUACCUAUAGCCAAGCAACUGGCAUCAAUAAAAGCUCUAGGAAAAGGCUCAGACCUUGAAAAAGCUUUUGCUACUGUGGCUUUGGUGUAUAACAACUCUGCUGACCCUGAGGGCAAGCUCAGCAAAGCUGAAACCAAAAGCUUGCUGCAAACCCAGUUUGGGGGUUUCAUACAGGGCCAAGAAAAGAAACCGAAAUACCAGGAAAUAAUUUCUGCCCUGGAUGAGGAGUCAGAGAACAAAAUUGAUUUUGAAGAUUUCAUGAUCUUGUUAGUCAGUCUCACUCUAAUGUCUGACCUGCUGCAGGAGAUCAAAAAUGUGAAAACCACAAAAUGAUCAGUGCUUUAAAAGAAGAAAUGGCUUGGCACUUUAUAAGGAAAGUAGGAGUGAACCACACAGAGAUAACACCGAGUGACUGGAUACCCUGUGCUGGUUCCUUUUAAAUGGAAUA